AUAUUCCUGUUUAUCAAUGGUUCUAACAUGACACUCUAUAUUCUUAUAUAGACAACUGCACUAUUGAAUAUCAGCAAUACAAACAAACAAAAAACAUGUUAAAAUUAACAAAAUCAACAGUUUUAAUUUAUGAAUAUUGACUUGGCAAGAGAAUUUGCUGAGUUAGGGGAAAAUAUAAAAGAGCUAUUAGGAUUUUGCCGGCUGCUUAUGUCUAGGGAAUAUGGGUGCAUUCUCGAUUUUCUACUUGGUCAUUCCUAUUCUUUUUGUCAGGGAACUGCUUCAUCUGCAGUUAAAUCUUACAUAUAUAUGUAUACAUAAUUAUUGUCUUAUGAUAGAGUCUUACAGAUAGAAUUACAAAUAGAAUUGCUGGUUCAAAGGGGAACAAUAAGGUGUUCGUAUAUCAACAGAAAUAUCUGCAUUCAUCCAAUUAAAAAUACACCUUGUACAAGUUCUAUGUGAUUAUAUAGUCACAAGAGGACUUUUUUCACGUGGUACUUACAGACCCUUCUAUAAGGAUCAAAUGACCUUCUACAGGGUGGCCUGUUUUCCUCUUGGUGGUUGUUUCUAGACUGGUAAAUGGCUCCUGGAGAUUUAGUCUGUCUUUCAGUCCUGAUUCCUCAGACUUCUGCUCUUUUGGAAGAGAAGCAGAAAAUGACCAAGUCUCACGCAUGAUGUAGAACUGGGCAUAUGGUUUGGCAUGCUAUGGUAAAAAUAAGACUGAUCACUUCAGAUUGAACAGGAGCAUGCUGUUAUAGGGUCCAUUGUCAUUUGAGGAUGUGGCCAUAGCUUUCACCAAGGAGGAGUGGCAGCAACUGGACCCUGCUCAGAGGACCCUGUACAGAGAUGUAAUGCUGGAGAACUUCAGCCACCUGGUCUCAUUGGGGCAUCCAGUGUCCAAACCAGAUGUCAUCUCCAAGUUGGAACAGGGAGAAGAACCAUGGAUCAUAAAGAGAGACAUAUCAAAUUGGAUCUGUCCCGGUAAAAAUCUGGCAGAGAGGGAGACUAGACUUGAAAAUCCUCAAUUGGACAUACUUGAAGGUGUUUCCUUCCAUAAGGAGAUAUUGGAAGGUGUAACAAGAGAUCAUUCAUUGUACUCCAUUUUUAAGGUAUGGCAGGAUGAUGACCAGCUGGAGAGAGAUCAGGAAAAUGAAGACAGACUUCUCAGGCAAGUCAUGGCCAUCAAAAACAAAACAGUUGUUGAAGAAUCAGGCUAUUCAUAUAAGGCAUUAGGAAAAAUGUUUCAUGACUACACAGACCUAGAUGCUUCAGGACAAGGACGGUAUACACGUGACUCAUUUGAAAAGAGCUUGGAACCGAAUAUAAACUUAUUCAGUUGUUACAGGGGUUAUGCAAAAAGAAACACUGGUGAGCAUUUUAGAUGUGGGAAUACACUUAUUUCUUCCUAUUCUAAGCAUGAAGAAAUUCAUAAUGGAGUGAAACACUGUGAAGAUAGUCAGUGUGGAAAGAUUAUCAGCAAUAAACAAUCUCUUAUUCAAUAUGUGAAUGUUGAAAGUGGAGAGAAGACCUGUUUGUGCAUUGAAUGUGGAAAAUCUUUUCUAAAAAAGUCACAACUCAUAAUACAUCAAAGAAUUCAUACUGGAAAGAAACCAUAUGAUUGUGGUGCAUGUGGGAAAGCCUUCAGUGAGAAGUCACAUCUCAUUGUACAUCAGAGAACUCACACUGGGGAAAAACCUUAUGAAUGUUCUGAAUGUGGAAAAGCUUUCUCUCAGAAAUCGUCCCUCAUUAUACAUCAGAGAGUACAUUCUGGGGAAAAACCGUAUGAAUGUAAUGACUGUGGAAAAGCCUUCUCCCAGAAAUCACCCCUCAUUAUACAUCAGAGAAUUCACACUGGAGAGAAACCUUAUGAAUGUAAUCAGUGUGGGAAGGCCUUCUCCCAGAAGUCACAGCUGAUUAUACAUCAUAGAGCUCAUACUGGAGAGAAGCCAUAUGAAUGUACUGUAUGUGGGAAAGCCUUCUGUGAGAAGUCCCACCUCAUUAUCCAUAAAAGAAUUCACACUGGGGAGAAACCAUACAAAUGUGCUCAGUGCGAAGAAGCCUUCAGCAGGAAGUCAGAACUCAUUAUACAUCAGAUAAUUCAUACUGGGGAGAAACCUUAUGAAUGUACUGAAUGUGGGAAGACCUUCUCCCGGAAGUCACAGCUCAUCAUACAUCAGAGAACGCAUACUGGAGAGAAACCCUAUAAAUGCAGUGAAUGCGGAAAAGCCUUCUGUCAGCAGUCACAUCUCAUUGGACAUCAGAGAAUUCACACAGGAGAAAAACCUUAUGUAUGCAGUGAAUGUGGGAAAGCCUUCUCUCAGAAGUCCCACCUCCCAGGGCAUCAGCGCAUUCAUACAGGAGAGAAACCUUACAUAUGUGCUGAAUGUGGAAAGGCCUUUUCCCAGAAGUCAGACCUUGUUGUACAUCGGAGAAUUCAUACUGGGGAGAAACCCUACCAAUGUACUGUAUGUGGGAAAGCAUUCAUUCAAAAGUCACAACUCACUGUACACCGGAGAAUUCAUGCAGUGGUAAAAUCAUAAGAAUGGACUAAGCACAGAAAAGUCUUCAGUAUCUGCUCAAGCCUUAAUAAGUAACACAAAACCCAUGAAUUUCAAUGAGUUUGGGGGCAUCUUUACUGAUAAAAUUUUACAAGUGAAAUAAACUUCCUAAUGUAUGUAAUUUUUUUAUCAGAUAAUACAGACAUCUCAGUUACAUAAAUAAUGGGCAUUUUCACUAUGGCAUGUAAAACUUUUGAGAUUGUGAACUGAAUAAUUAAUAUAUCAAGUUACAUAUAUAUAGUUUAUUUUGAAGUUAUGUAUUUAUGAUUAUGUUACAUAGAAAGAAUUGGACAUGUGAUAAUAUUGUUAUUGUUAACUUAGCAUAAUUAUAGCUGUGCAGUAAUUCCCUGUAGAGGACAUGAAGAAAGCUUGAGUCAAAAGAUGCCAUGACCUAGAACGGUGCCUGGGGGAAGGAUUUGAUUGUUACUCCUAAGGGUAUCUGUAAAAUUAUUCUUGUAGAUAGAUGGAAAGAUGGGUUGAUGAGGUCCAAUAAAUGGGGUAUCUUUGUUUUAUUUCAAGAAUAUAAGUUGAUCUGUGUCAGUGGAUGGACCCAGGAUCUUGGAAUUGACACUUCUUGCUAUUUUCUUUCUUUUACUCCUCCCCUUUAGGAACUUGGUGUGAUGAAAAGACAUAGAUGGCCAUGGGUUUUAAUGCUUAUUCCAGUACUCACCGAUUGUGUAACUUGUGUAACUCACCGAUUGUGUAGCCUUUUUUCAUCCACAGUAUCUGUUCCCUGAUCUAUAUAUAAAAUUCUGGCAGAGACAUGUUUUUAGCUCAUAUUUAUCCCCUUUAUCUUCCCUUUCUGUUCUUUUGAAGGAGGUUGCUAAUACCCAGAUGUACACCUUUAAACUUGAUUUGCAUUCCAGACACUGUGUUUCUGAUUCUCCUGAAUUCCUUUUCUAUCUUUUUUCCAUUAACACUGCCUUGUGUCUGGUGGCCUAAUUCAUACGUUAUGGAGACCUCACUUUUUAUUUUGCAAAUACAUGUACGUUGUGGUGCUUGCACAUAAAGACCGUGUAUGAUACCAUCACAGAUCCUGUUUUACCCUUUCCCAAAAGCACCAGUUCUUUUUCCUGAGAAUUGAGUGGCCCUCAGAGGAAAAUCCAUAGGGAAUGUGGAAGACAUGCCUGGGAUAGCCUACAUGGGCAGGUAUGAAUCCCACCUGCUAUCUCUAAAAUGUUUCUGUAUUCUUCGUUGUGGGCCCAACUCUUCUCUGUAAGAAUCUUUAGGAAAGCAUCUUGAUGGGGAGAAGUCAUAUGUAGCAGGGAUAUAGUGACCUGUGUGGCUAAAUAUGGUUUCUGCCAGAAAGUUCCUACUUGAUUCCUUCAUAUGUCCUGCUUAGCUGACCAUUUCUCUGCAGGGCCCCAGUGUUUACUCUGAGAAGUAAGACUCUGUAUGGGAACCUCUGCAGAGGACAUAGCGUACCUCAUAAAGAUAUGCAAAUGUGUGUGAGAAAAUUCUUUGUGUCAUUGUAAACGGUUAUUGAUACUGGCUAUAAUUGGCCAUUUGGAUCCGGGAAAUAAAACCUUCAGGCAUGUACCAUGGAGUGAUCUGCUUUGAGAGGUCUUGAUGGAAAUUGGCCCUACCUGGCCCUUAUGGAAGGCAGCUAUGCUAACCACUAUACCACCAACGCCUACCUGGCCCUUAUGGAAGCAUGGGAAAAUCAGGAUCUCAGGAACAUACAGAAAUGUGAGAAGGAAAUGAUAAUAUAAUAACACUUACAGAAAUAUGUAAGGAAAAUAAAGACUCAAGAGUUCUUAUCUUCUCAUGGGCCUUCCAUUUUGCCUUUUUACCUUCCAGGAAACCUCACUGAUCUGAUCAUGACAUAAUAUGUACUAUAUAUUACCAUAAAAUAUAGCAAAAUUUAAUACUUAUUGGUGUAUAGAAAAUUAUCCCUCUAAAGUCUGGAAAAAAGAUAAUGCCCAUUCUCACCAGUUUUAUUCAACAUUGCAUUGAAAGACCUAGUCAGGAAAAUCAGGCAAGAAAAAAUUGGUGUAAUUGAUUAGAAAGCAAUAAAACAUUAUUUAUUGAUAAAAUUAUAUGCAUAGAAGAUGAAAAUGUAUAGGUUAAUUAUUAGAAAUAGAAAGUAGCAAUGUUUCUGUAUAUAAAGUUUUUAAAAAUAAAGUUUAUGCAAUAGAUAUAAAAUGAAAAUUUAAAGGUAUCAGUUACAGUGGCAUGAAAAAUACAUCAUGUCUAGAAAACGUGUAUUUCCAGUACUAUGUUGAAUAGAAGUGGCAAGAAUGGACAUCCUUGCAUUGUUCCUGAUAUUAGAGGAAAAGCUUUCUUCACCACUGAUUAUGAUGUUAGCUCUGAACAUGCCAUAUGUUGCCUUCAUUAUGUGGAAGAACAUUCUUUCUGUGACUCAUUUAUUGAGAAUUUUUAUCAUGAAAGGAUGUUGAAUUUUUGACAAAUAAUUUUUCUGCAAAAUGUUGAGAUGAUUUUUUUAUCCUUUAUUCUGUUAAUGUGGUGAUUACCUCUAUCAAUUUGUAUAUGUUAAAACAUCCUUGCAUCCCAGGUAUAAAUCACAUGAUCAUGGUGUAUGACCCUUUAAAUGUGCUGUUGAAUUCUGUGUGCUUAUAUUUUGUUGAGAAUUUUGCAUUUAUAUUCAUCAAAAAUGUUGGGCUUUUCUUGUAGUGCCCUUAUCUGGCUUUCGUGUCAGAGUAAUGCUGGCCUUGUAAAAUGAGUUUGGGAAUGUUCCCUUCUUCAGUUUUUUUGACGAGUUUAAGUAGGAUUGUUGUUAAUUCUUUAAAUAUUUGGUGGAAUUCACCAGUGAAACUAUCUGAUCCUGGGCUUUUCUUUGUUGAGAUGUUUUUGAUUACUGAUUCAGUCUCUUACUCAUUAUUGGUCUGUUAAGAUUUUUUAUGAAUGGUUCAGUCUCAUAUGUUGUAUGUUUCUAGGAAUUUACUUCUUGGUUAUGCAAUUUGUUGGCAUAAUUGUUCUAAGUGACAUUAUGCUCUGUAGUAUUUCUGUGUUAUCAGUUGUCUCCUCUUUCAUUUCUAAUUGUACUUGAGUCUUCUCUCCUUUUUUCUUAGUGUGACUAAUGGUGUGUUAAUUUUGCUUUUCAGAAAACCAGCUUUUAGUUUUGUUGAUCUUUUCUAUUGUUUCUCUGCUCUCUAUUUCAUUUGUUUCUGCUCUGACUCCAUUAUUUCCUUUCUUCUGCUAAUUUUUGGCUUAAUCUUUUCUUCUUUUUCUAUGUCUUUGAGGUGUAAAGUUGGUUGUUUGAGAUCUUUGCUUCUUAAUGUAGGUAUUUAUCACUAUAAACUGCCUGCUUAGAACUGCUUUUGCUACAUCCAGUAGGUUUUAGUAAAUUGUGUUUCCAUUUUCAUUUGCUUCAAGAUAUUUGUAAAAUAUCUUGGUUCAGGUAUGUGUUAAAUUUCCACAUAUUUGUGAGUUUCCAGUUUUCUUUGUUAUUUUCUAGUUUCAUACCAUUGUGGUCAGAAAACAUACUUGGUAUGUUUAUUCAGAGUCCCUUGAGAUUACAUAUGAAUUUUAGGAUGGAUUUUUCUAUUUCUGCAAAAAAUUAAAAAAAUGCCAUUGGGUGGGAUUUUGAUAAAAAUUUUGUUGUGUCUGUAGAUCACAUUGGGUGAUGUUUACAUCUUAAAUGUAUUAAGUUUUCCAAUCUGAAUAUGCGGUUUCUUUCAAUUUGUGUGUUUUGUUUCUUUCAGCUGUGUUUGUAAUUUUCCAGUGUACAAGUCUUGUCUCCUUUGUUAAGUUUAUUCCUGUGUAUUUUAUUAAUAAUUGGAAUUAUUAAUUUCUGUAUUAGAUUCUUCCAUGUUAGUGUAUAGGAACGAAGCAGAUUUUAGUGUGUUGAUUUUGUAUCCUGCGGCCUUACUGAAUUCAUUUAUCAGAUCUUUUGUUUUGUAGAAUCUUUAGAGUUUCUGUAUAUAAGAUAUCAUCUGAGAACAGCUAAUUUUUCUUUUCUGUUUUGGAUGACUUUUGUGUCUUUUUCUUGCCUAAUGGCUUUGGCUAUGACUUUCAGUGCUAUGUUGAAUAUAAGUGGCAAAAGCAGGCAUUCUUGUCUUGUUUCUGAUCUUAGAGAUAAAGUUUCAUUAUUUUACCGUUGAGUAUGUUAACUCUGGGCUUUUUAUGUAUGGCCCUUAUUUUCUUUCGAUUUGUACUUUUUGAAUGUUUUAUUUAAUCAUGAAAGUGUGUUGAAUUUUGUCAAGUGCUUUUUCUGAACCAGUUGAGGUGAUCCUGUGGUUUUCAUUCAUUCUAUUCAUAUACCAUAUUACAUUGAUUUUCAUAUGUUGAACCAUCCUUGCAUUCCAGGAAUAAAUCCCACUUGUUCAUGGUGCAUAAUCCUUUUAA